UUGCCCAAAGUUUCGCCAGCAUGGGCAACACCUUGCUUGCACGCACGCACGCACACAUCGAGAAAGAGAGAGAGGAAGAUGAAGGGUAAGAAGGAGACUUAAAGGAUGAAGUGUGUUAAAGCCCCUGAGGACAGCCUAGUACCCACUGACCCCUACAAGCAGUGCCUCGCGCAUAUAGCUUUGUCCCCGGCGACUUCCCGAUAAAAGGACCAACUUUAAUCCACCCUUUCAUUUCUGUUAGGCCCGUGCACGCACGUGCUGCAAGCGCCUCCCGAACAAUGCCGCUCUGUGAACACACCCGCACCUUCUCCCUGAAGUCUCGAGGCUCCCUUAUCCCACUAUUAUUUCCCUCUUUUCUUUUUUCUGUCCCUAUUUUAUUUCUUUCUCUUUUCUCUAAACUAUUCAGGAUAAAACCACCAACGGCAUUAGCAGACAUGUCUGCUCGCUUCCUGCAGUUUUUCUCUGUCUUCUCUUCACACUGAGAAAGAUUUUUGUCUUUCUUCCUUUGGGGAAAUAACCUUUUAUUUAAUCCCAUUCCUUGUAACGGACCUCUGAACUGCUCAGUAAGACGUAGAAAGUCUCCCCGCGCUCCCUCUGUCGGUGCACAAGCGCACGGGCUCAAGGCCUUAGAAAUAUUUCUUAGAAAUACCCUUUAGCUCAGUGGGGAGAGGAGGGUCACAGCGGCUGCUGAAGAAGGGUCGACACUCCGGGGGCGACUGGGAUCGCGUGCGCGUGUGUUUGCGCACCACGUAGCGCGCGCACCGUCUCGCGCCGCCCAGAGUUGCCGUCCGGGGCAGACAACUGCUGGUGCAAGCAUCACACGUCUUGGGCAAACUGUCCACUCAAGUUCGCUCCCAACUGCUAGGUGCCACGCCAUGGAUGCAGCGGCAGGAGGACAGUUACGGACUAACACCUUCUGUCUGCCGUAGUUUGCACUCGCUGGCCACGCGCAAAGGGCGACUGAGGUCUCGAGAAACUUGUCACAGCGACAUUUCCAGUCUACCAGGAUCUACAUCACGAGUACAAAUAAUGAAACAGGUCGCUACAUAGUAUUAUAAGUCAGUGUGCUCAGAGUAAUGCCAGAACACAAGUGAAGGAAAACUGUCCAGUGUGCUGCAGACUUUAUCUAGGAGAGACCUGUAACCAGAGACUAGUGUUUGUAUUGCUAUUAAAAUGUUUUCUGAACUGUUGUGCUAGUGGCUGCCUACAAAGAACUGAAAGUUGCAAAGGCCAAUAAGGUGGCGUGUGUGCGAAUCCCUCUUUUAAAAUGCUGCUCAACAGCCCUUUGCCACGAGUGUAACCAAUGACUGUCCAUGGAAAUGAUGGAAGCCAUCUCGGAAAACAGCCAGAUCGAGAAUGACUAUGACAUCCAGGAGGAAAGUUUACAGGAUUCUCUCAUGUACAUGCACGCCGCCAACAACAACAACAACUACUAUUACGACGCCCAAAUGUCGCAGGAACAUCUCCUCUAUUGGUACUACAUCAACGGCCUGGCUGGAACCGCCAUCGCCAUCUUCGGACUGCUUGGGAAUACCGUGUCCAUACUGGUCCUGACCAGGCGGACCAUGAGGAACUCGACGUCAGUCCUGCUCAUCUUCAUGGGCAUCUUCGACAACGUCUUCCUGCUCUUGAACCUUCUUCUUCAAACCUUCCCGCUCAUCUUCCGGGUACACGACAUCUGCCACGAGUAUAUUGAUGUCAGGCAGUUUCUGUUCCGGAACUUCUUCGCCGUGACGCACAUGGGACAUACAGGCACCAUCUACAUGACAGUGGUGGUCACUGUCGAGCGUGCUAUGGUCGUCAUGCGACCGCUCAAAGCCAAGUACAUCUGCACCCGACGGCGUGCGGUACUUGUAUCUUUGAUUGUGCUGGGCUGGUCCAUCGUCUUCAACAUUCCCCGCUGUCUAGUGUACGACACCCACCAAACCCAACAAACGGUGGACCCCUUAACAAACACAACCAUUACAGAAUCCAUCGUGGACAAAAGCGACUUUGCCCACAGCAACUUCUACAACGUGUACUACCUAGUGUACCUCAACUCCAUCUUCCACUUCAUUCUACCCUUCGUUGUCAUCUGCGCCCUCAACGCUCUAAUCGUCUCGCGCCUCGUCAAACGACGACGCCACGUGCCACGCAACCAGCGCAGCAACAUCCAGGUGGAGAGCGAGAGCAAGCUCACAGCCAUGAUCCUCUCCCUCACCGCCAUUUUCUGCGUCUGCCAGGUCUUCGCUGCCAUCGAGCUCAUCGUCGUCCAGAUGGAGAUGGACUACAAGGCGGAGCUCGGUCACUGCUCUGCGGCCUGCGAGGGGUUCAGCGCCUUUGCGGAGACCAUGACCAUCGUGAACUCGGCGACGAACUUUCUGCUGUAUAGCAUUUUUGGGGAGAAGUUUCGCCGUGCGUGUAUUAAGUGCUUGUGUCCUUUCUUGAAGACCCAGCUGAGGACCAGCGAACCGCCCAGAACCUCGCAGUCGCUGCUGACGAGCAGUUACCGCGGAGAAGCAUUCCAGCUGCGCAGAAAUGAGUCGCUGCCCUUUGAAAGUUAGAAGCCAGAAAUGGCAGCCUACAACUCACAGCCCAGGUUUCAGUACCUCUGUCAGUGUGCCAGUCUUGUACUGUGACUUUCCCUGAGAUACAAAGUUCCGUACUGUCCGUGUCGUCGAGAUCAUGUAUCUCCAACACUACUCACUAGAAGCUGCGACACGUGCAGCACGGAGGUGUUGGACAUUUAAUUCGUGCUGUGCAUUCCUCUCUAUACAUGUUAUCCUUUCCUUCUUCAAUCCUGCAGUCAACUGCCAUCAACACCCUCAAUUCCCGCCCUUCUGCGCAGUCCUAAUCCCCGUCCUCCAGAACAAUCCAUCCCUCUUCCUUCAGCCUUACUUUACUGUUUGUCCCCCUUUUUAGGACCACUCUCGUCUGUAGAUUCAGCGUAUGUGAAAAACUUAAGUGAAACUCAGCUUGAACAGAUUUUAAUCCUCCAAUGUCAACCUGCUUUCUUCUGAACAAACAUUUGCUCUGUCGUCUGAAAUGUUUCAAGGGUCAAAAUGUAGAAGAUUAAAACGACAGCACGACAAAAGGAUCGUACCACUGCAUAUUUCCUCCGAUAAUCUUUGUAACGUGGUAUUUCAUGUGUUAAGUGAUUAUCAUGUGUGUUUUCUGGUUAUAUUAUGAGUCCACUUUGUUACAUGAUCAUCAUGCUAUGUGUCAUUAUUAUGGAAAGGCUAGAUGUUGCCACUCCAGUAGCUAGAGUGUAUUUCCCACCGCCACAAUAUCCAUGGCUGCCCAAAUAUUGUGCGCAUUUUCAUCAUGCCUGUCUGUGAUAAUUUAUGUGAAACAAAGACCUCAUAUUAAGAUAAUCCUACCAUAAGGUGACUUAAUUUCAGAUGUAACUAGAAAUAAUUACUUUGCACCACAAUGUGAUGAAGCAUCCAAAAAGGUGAUGCUAAAAAAAAUCGUAGCUUUGAUCCAGCCGUCUAUUAUAUAUUAAAAUAAAUUAGUGGAAAGUUUUCUGGAAAGCCAGAACUAUUUUGAAAAUUACAAAUGGAAAAAUACACAAAGAGUGGGGUAAGAAAUACAAUCUGACCUUCUCUAUUAAUUUUUUUUAAUUAAUCCAAGAGAAUUCAAACGGACUAGGUUACGUAAUAGUUUUCUCUUUCCACUCCACUCAUUAGUGAAUCCAUACUUGAUGAAAUCAAUUGGUAGCUCCUGGUCGGCUGAGUGCUGUGUGUCUUUGCCUCAUCUAACUCCUGGUAUAGCUAGUGAUAACGUGAGGCUAGCUGCCAUCUAUAAAGCAGCAGAUGGCGAAUCAAUGGACACCAAAUGCCGCUAUGUUCAUGAUUUACAGCAGACAUCAAAUAACAUUUCAAAUGUGUAAAUUAACUGAUCACGAUCCAUUUGGCUUGUAUUUGUGUUUUCUUGUAUGUUCGUCACUUUAAUGCUGCUGCUGUCUUGCCCUCUCCCUCUCCCCACUCCUGCCUUCCUUCUCUCACGUUCUUCAGUACAUAAAAGACACAUUUAACAUAAUCUGUAGACAGCAUACACGGCAUAGACUGAUAAAAGCCCUCAAACCAAAAGCUGUUUACUUUGACAAGCAAGCUGGAACCGAAGCAGCAGUGAUCCACAGAGGAAGCAGGUGAAUGGGCAGCACUCAGCGACAGAGAUCACGAGUAUGUUUAUGCAAGUGUAGGUGGCAGCGAGCAGUCAACCCAAGAUCAAACAAGUAUCGUAAAUCAACACGAACGAAAAGCCGAAAGACCAAUCCUGAGAAAACAAGUGAAAUAACCAAAAUAAAAGCGCACAAAGCGUCCAGUCAGGCACCGCACCUUCAUCGGCCGCCAUCGCCAGCUCCUGUCGCGCUGGAAACUGUUGGAGAGUUUGCACUUCCCCGAUGAAAAAAAAAAAGCCGUCCAGCCUUUUUGCGAACUGAUCAAUGUCCGCGCCAGGUUCACUUACAACUGGUAUAUUCUGGCUUUUCAAACAGGACUUUUUACUCCAACGGACAAAUUAAAACUUUGUCAAAAGCGGGAAAUGUACCGUCACACGUAGGGACAUAACCUUUUGCGAGCACACAACCUUUUAUGAACAAGUUUUGCAAUGUCUGUCUAGAUGAGGGCUGAAAGCCGCGAAACUUCACCAAAUCAUCUUUGGAAAUGGAAGGCAUUUCGCUUACAAGGACGACGCCGGGUCCUUUAAAAGCAAUGCCCGCAGUAGGUUCACUUACAAUUGGUAUAUUCUGGUUUCUUAAAACGACUUUGUACUCUAAUGUAAUAAUUUAAACUUUUCCAUGAGGGCUGAAAGAUGUAAAACCCUGCACCAAAUUUUCUUUGGAAAUGGAAGUCAUUUCGUUUACAAGACGUAGCCGGGUCCUUUAAAAGCGCAUUUUUAACAUACUUGCGCUAACCUAUAAUUUUUAUUAUUGAAGAAGUUGAUAAUACCAUUAUUUCUUGUAAGAUCAAAUAUAUAGCAUUUGGAAAAGCAAAAGGAAAUUGAAGUUUUUGUAGGCCUCUCAUAUUGUAUUUCAAAGGCUUCAAUGUUGAUAGGCGGUUAGGCGUGUGGCACUGUAUUAUGCUGGCAAAACUGUACAAAUGAUGAAUGAAUGGGGGAGAAACUGUGCUAAAGGUGUGACUGCAGGCUCACAGCAGACUGAUUAAACUACUUACCAUCGUUAACUGUUUGAUCAAUAAAACUUUAAAAGCGUGUCAA